UCUUGCAGCAAGCCAGACACAAUCCACAGCUGCAGAACAGAAAAGAGAAGCAGGAGAUGGAAGUGAGCUUGGAAGGUGAAAAGGUGAUUUUGGUGCCAUACAUGGAGGCUCACGUCCCAAAGUAUCACCAGUGGAUGCAGGAUCCUGCUCUCCUUCAGGCCACCGGAUCAGAACCCCUUUCCCUAGAAGAGGAGUACCAGAUGCAGCUCUCCUGGAUCCAAGACCCUCUCAAGAAAACUUUCAUUGUUCUGGAUAAGGAACUAGUGCAUGGAGAAUUCGUUCAUGGGGAUCCCCAUGUGGAAGCCAUGGUUGGAGAUGUGAAUAUCUACAUGAAUGACUUGGAUGACUCUAAGUUAGCAGAGGUUGAGAUCAUGAUUGCUGAACCGAAAAGAAUAGCCGCAGUAAGGGCCUCGGGAAGGAAUCUGUUUUGAUGAUGAUGGCCUAUGCAGUUCAAAGCUUGGGGAUCCAUGGCUUUCAUGCUAAGAUUGGAGAAUCAAAUAGAUCAUCCCUUCAUUUGUUCCAAAAAUUGGUACCUCUGUGUGUGUGUGUGCAGAAAAAAUAUAGUUUUCUACUCUCUAUAUUUUUGUGCAAGCCAUUCAUUUGAAGGGACUAAUUUCCAAGCUUUGUGGAGGUUAAGUGCCUUGUAUGCGGCACACAUAAUUGUAAAACCUAGCAUUUUAUCCUUUUUUUAUGCUUGACCAAUGGCAUUUAUGCUUGAUGUAGGGCUUUGAGGAGGCUUCAUAUAGUGAAAUCUUCAAAGAGGUUACAUUGGAGUUACCAGUGACAGAACAAAAGCGUGAGGAGUAUUUGCAUUUGAUUGGUAAUGUGGUCACACAUACACAGCCCUGAAGAACCUGCCUUUUUUCGAAUUAUUUGUCUGAAAAAUUCUAAUUAAAAGAAUAUCCUCCAUUGGAGUUAUACACCUGUUUUGAGAAGAAGAGUGUCGGUUAGAUUCAGACCAUAUAAUGUACUUGUAAUGUUAAAUUAUCAAGUAUGCCAUAAUCACUCUUUGGUGGGAAAGUGGCAUGCAAGUUGGGUGGGGUCUGGGGGGAAGCUUUUUAAGAAGGUUGCUUAUAAGUCAGAUGUGAGGAAUACAUGUGUAACUCAAAACUCGAGAAAAUUAAAGUAGAAGAUUCAUU